AUGCUGAUGUUGAUGCUAGCAGCAGUGGCCACCAUGGUCAGGGCUGAACUGUGCCGGACGCGCACAGUGAGGACUGGGAAAGUGUUUGAGUCCAAUGUACAAGUUGAAGGGGACCCACUGUUCUACGCCUUCCCCAAUACAUUGGUGGUCAAGAACUUGUGCAGGACUGACAUCGCCAUAUAUCUAGGGAAGAAGGUUUUCUUAACGAUAAACAACUUUGAGUCCAGCAUCCUGCCGCUCACCGUUCCCCAGUCAAUGGCGGUGGGAGUACCGUCGAUCACGAGCGCCCACUUUCUUCCCGGCUCACAAAUACUGUUUGUGAUCAGUGGAAAAAUCUACAGUUACAAUUUUGAUGAGAACGCCUGGCGUAAAGUGGAAGGUGUAACAGAAUCUGUCUCUCACAUUAGUGGUGACACUUGUUGUUUUGAAGGCUCCUUUUGCUUGGAGUUAUCAAAUUACUUGUUUGCAUAUCUCCUUGGUGGCCAGAUCCCUGGGACCAAUAUCUAUUUCUCUGACAAUGGAGGAUUCUCAUUCCAGCUCCUGAACAGUAACCAACUGAGUCACCUGAACGGGACACUCGGAGGCAUCUUCCACUUCCACUCCAUGUCUCAGGUGGGGAUACUCAUGGUUAAAGACGAUCUGGGCACGUUUCACUACACGGAGUACCCCCUGAACCAUAGUAUGGGGAUAUCCUUUUCAUACAAGAAUCCCCUUGAAGUCAUCAUGAAACCACAGCAGAGGGGGUUUCUGAUCCUCUGGAAUAAGACAAGUAUAUUGGUGUCCUCCAAUUCAGGCCAGAUUGUUGAACGUGUGCAGCUGAUAAAGGAGAAGACCAUUGGGAGCUUAGAUGUCGAAAGUGCCAAUAUCAGCAUCCACAGCGUUGCCUGGAAUACCUACGAGCUGGCUUUUUUUGCAGCAGCAGAUCACCUGUACUAUGGAAGUCAGAGUUACAUGGGAACCUACGUAAUCAAACUGAUCGGUGACACUCUCUGGUCUGAAGACAUGAGCAUUUAUUUUGAGAACACUGGCAUGCUAGUGGUCUUCACCCCUGUUUUUGACCCACAUUUUGCAGCGUUUGACUUUCAGAAGUGUACGGUGAAUGUGCAGGACACUCUCAUGGACGAAGAGCUGCAUCUCAUGCCGUGUAACGUGGAACUUCUGGAAAGCACCAUGGAAAAUAAAAUGUUCACAAUAGACAUGAACAGCAAGCUAAAACUGUCUGCCCUCAUUAUACCCCGGAUGGACGAGAACCCUACUCCCCUGGUCAUGGUCAGCAACCCCCAUGCCCUGGGGUUUAAGGCAGACUUGCGUGAGUUUGGCAACACGUUUGAUGGCAACUCUAAGUACAAACUGGACAUUGAACUCCAACAGCAGCACCACUGGGACAACUCAGAGGACAACUUCACUGCCAGCAUCAAGCUCCAGGCCAUUUCCUCUGUAACUGUGGACAUAGCUGACAAGACACUUUCGUGUGUGGACCUAAAGCCUCUGUCUACGCUCAUCUCAGUUGGCUGUGAUAUGACAAAGAAAAUUGUUGUGCAAAACAAAAUCUCCGCCUGCGCCAUGGGAAUCCUCAACCCCGUGCAGCUGCAGAAAAACUACACUUACAACAUUGAGUGGGAAGCAUACAACCCAGUCAGCCACAGCGGUGAAGCCAAGGAUGACCUGAUAGUAUUUUACCAGUACAAGGACCUAGGCUGUCCCCGCCUAGUCUACUACGACAAGCCGUGGAUACCUGUGGUGGAAUUGUGGAAGAAUGGGGUUUUCGAAGAGAUCAUGGAGGCAGAGUAUGUCAUCUCAGAGGUGAAUGGACUAAUUACCUAUUCGUACUCCUUGACCGCUGCCACUGCAAACUGCCGGUCACAGCCUCAGAACUGGAGCACAUUUGAAUCGGACACAGAGUACGUACAGGACACCGAGAACAAACAACCGUCCCUCUGGAACAGACAGAACUAUGUCAGCUGCCAUGAGGACAACCAGGACAACCCCCUGCUAUGGCCGAAUGUCGAGUAUCAGGUCUUAGGUGGCCAGACAAACAACAGGGUUAUUUUUGGCCAAAGAAACGGAAUCUAUACCUUCCAUCUGGCUGUGGUGGAUCCGUACUACAGCUAUUGCAACCUGAACACCAUAUUCAGCGUGUACGUGUAUGGGGCCUUACCGGUGGCGAAGUUCCGACCAUUGGUCUGCAUCCUCCUGAUCGUCACCACAACGCUGCUGACUGUGUGGCUGGCCUAUGCCAUCCCCAAGCAGCUGAGGACGGAGAGAGGCCAGCAACUUUCAGGGUUCUGCUCCCUGAUAUUCCUGGGGAUCUGCACCUGUGCCUGGCUUCGGGGCAAACUGAGACGGUGGCUGCGCUCCAGAAGGGUGAAGGACCAGCCAAAUAAACUCCGGAAUACUGUCAGGAAGCCAAACUCCCAGAAAUAGCCAAA